CACGAGUAAGGUAUUACCCAAAAGGCGUUGCUUGGCAGAGCUAAAUGACCUGCCGUUGAAGUUUGUUGCCGUACGAAUUAGUACUUAUUGACAUCUGUUCGCAAUGAGAGGCAUAAAAUUUCAUUUUCACCUCCAUCCACCCUCAGACACACCCGUUCCAUGUCCGAGGAGUCGCCAUAUAGCAUUCCAAGACGUCCUUCGCGCCGAUUUGCGCUCCAGAUACUGCAGCCGGUCAUUCUCCUAGAGCGGACAAUUUAUCCCUCGCCAUGAUACUUCCACCGACUGAAAUCCUCCUUAAGUGGCCACCCCCUGACUACGAAACUCCAGAAACUCGAGGUUCAUCGCUGCUAGUCGCCAGUUCCAUUUUUACUGCUUUUGCCGCAGUCGCCGUCGCUUUGCGCUUGUACGCUAGGAUUUUCAUUACCCGCUGGUUUGGCAUCGAUGAUGUCCUCAUCUGCUUUGCUCUCCUGUUCACGAUUGGUACGAACGUCACUGUCGACCUGGGCAUUUCAAAGUACGGAUGGAAUAGGCAUACCUGGGACGUCCCCAUUGAAUGGAUUGACGGUUCCCUCAAGCUUGCAUAUGCUACAAAAAUAUUAUUUCUGAUUGCCGCAAAUGCUACCAUGGUCUCACUACUCGCUUUCUACUACCGCCUCAUCACCGAUGUCAACAUCCGAUGGUUUCGCCUUGCGCUAUCUAGUUCUAUAGCAUUCAACCUAAUCUGCUGGAUUGUCUUCCUCGUGCUCCAGAUCGUUCCAUGCAUACCAAUUUCGGCAUUCUGGAAAGUAUCGACUGAGGCACCAUGCGCCGAUGAAGGCACUGUACUGGUGGCUGGCGGAGUUGUGAAGACUUUCAUUGAUGUCUUAGUCACCACUCUUCCCAUCCCUCUCAUCCUCAGCAUGAAACUCCGACCACAGCAGCGGUAUGGUCUGGUUGUGCUCCUUGCACUGGGCUAUAUCGUCACAGCUGCCGGAGCGCUUCGCACUUACUAUACAUGGAAAGUUUUUCACAAUCCUCUGUGGGAUUAUAGCUGGUAUUACUAUCCAGCUUUUCUUGCAAGCGCCGUUGAGAACGACUUGGCUGUGAUCUGUGCCUGCGUCCCGGCUAUGCGGCCACUUCUCCGGCCCAUAUUCGGCCCUUUUGGCGGCAUGUUGAGCAAAGUCCACAGCUUCUGGAAGACGAAAUCCACUCGGUCUAGCUCGGUCCUGAGUUCGGGUCGUCCCCCGACGAGCAUCUUCCGGAGCCCAAAAUCACCCCACGCAAUCACUAGCAAGACAGCAAUUGUUUCAGACGAGGAACAUGGACAUUUGGUGCUGCAGGAAUUGUCGGGUGUUACCAUCGGUCUUACACACAGGCAAUGAGAAUGAUUGCGAUCACUACGCAAUUUUCUGUUUUUGGGAGAAUUGGAGCUUGACGACUACUCCCGCGAUUUCGCAUCUACGUGUUUUCUUGACGGUCGUAGUAUUCACCUCUUAUAGUAUCAAUUCCAAAAGAGCACAAGUUUACUA